CUUCUCCUUCUCCUCAAGAACGAGGGAAGAGAGAGAGAGAGAGAGAGAGAGAGAGAGAGACAAAUCCAGCGAUAAAUCGCCGGAGCUAGGGCUUAUCUAGGGUUUCCGAACCACCUCGUCGUCUAUAACCCUAAUCCCUCUCCGUGAUCCUUGCUUCCGACGCUCCUGGAUCAGUAGAGAGAGAGGAGGAGGAGGAGGAGGAGGAGGAGAGGUGGGGAUCGAGAAGCCAUGGGGUUCUCAUUCAAGCUGGACAAGAAGAAGACCCCGUACCAUUCCAAGCCGAAGCACGUGGAGGAAGAGCCCGAACCGCCCAGCGAGAGCUCUCGUGUUCUCCCUGCGAGGCGCGAGGUUGAUGUUGCCGAGACAGCGAAAGACGCUUUGCAAGAUUUUGAAGUUUCAUUCACAUUGAACCUUUAUGAAAAGGGAUACCUCAUUGGGAAACCGAGUGAGUUGGAUAACUCUCAGCCUUCACUUCAAGAUGCGAAGUCUUUGCAUCCAUAUGAUAGGGCAUCAGAGUCUUUGUUUUCUGCAAUCGAAUCUGGGCAGUUGCCAGGAGAUAUUCUUGAUGACAUACCCAGCAAGUUUCAUAAUGGCACUAUUGUUUGCGAGGCACGUGAUUAUAGAAAAUUUACAUCUGAACAAGGAACUGCUGCCUCUGCUGCUAAUGGAAUUCCUAUUGUCCAUAAAGUGCGGUUGCGGAUGUCCCUGGAAAAUGUCGUUAAAGACAUCCCUUUAAUAUCUGAUGAUUCUUGGACCUACAGUGAUCUAAUAGAAGUGGAGUCUCGUAUAGUGAAAGCUCUACAGCCACAGCUUUGUUUAGACCCUACUCCAAUGUUGGAUAGACUAUGUCGCGACCCUGUUGUUUCUAAGCUAAAUCUUGGUCUUGGAAGGAAGAAAAGACUCCGUCAAACUUCUGAAAUGGUUGUCCCAUCCAAUAAUAUAGCUAAUGCGAAGAAGCUUUGUAUGGAUAGGGCUCCAGAAAAUGUUAAUUUUAAGGUCGGGGAUGCAGGAUUUCAAACAGGAAAUGCCGUACCUCAAAUUCAUGAAAACAUGACAUUGCAUACAGCAUCAGGUGGGAGCCAAACAUUUGGGGUGAAUAGCUUUUCUCAUGAAGCUCCGAGAGCGACUUUACCCUUAUCUUCUCAAUCCAAGAUUCAACAAAUGGUCAACUACUCUGGUCCUGCCAAUUUUGCCGGAGUCAAUGCAAAUAUUUCUUCAUCUCAAAAUUUGUUUAGUCAUUAUGCUGAUGCCGUAAAUAGUAAUGCCCCUCUUCCCAUGAAGAGGGAGAACCAAGAUGCUCAACUCCCGAUGUUGGACGUUAAGAGGCCAAAGCAGGGUUCGGUGGGAAUAGAUGCUAUUCAGCAGCAGCAGCAGCAGCAAACAGAGCCCUCACUGGUCGGCAUUGGUGGACUGGAUAUGCAAUGGAAAAACCAACUUUUGCACCCACAAGUAGACGUCAAGGGAAUCCAGUAUGCACCUAAUUUGGGCGGUCAGAGAUAUCCUUCUCCUGUAAUAAAUAAUAUGCAGAAUCAGGAUCCAGGGGCAUCUUUGUACUUUAAUCAGCAAGGUAUGAGAUUUGCUGCCAGGGAAGAGCAAGCAGACCCAGAAAAGCAAACAGCAAACAACAUGCCGGACCAGCAGCAGUCACGACCUCAACAUGUAUUGCAGCAACAGCCUGCAAGAAACAAUAUUCCAAAUAUUUCGCAGCUGCAAAAUCCCCGAUUUAUGGCUGAGAAGGAUAAAAGGAAGGUGGCGCAAAGCCCGCGCGUCUCUUCAGGGCCCAUGGUUCAGUCUCCGGUUUCUUCCAAAUCCGGAGAGAGUGGUUCAGUAGGACAUUUUGGUGCCAUUGCAACUGCUUCUGCAAUGGGAUCCCAGAAGGAUGGUAAUAAAUUGACAGCGAACCCUAAUGCUGUGGCUAUUAAUGCCCCUUCAGUGGCUUCGAGUCCCAGUGAGUCUAUGCAGCGACAGCACCAGGCCACAGCAGCUGCAAAGAGGAAAUCUAAUUCUGUAAACAAAACACAAGCGAUGAGUGGAGUUGGAUCUCCUGCCAGUGUUAGUAACAUGACUGCCUCGCUGAAUGCCGGUAGCCCAUCUGUUGGAGCUGCUCCUGUGGGUGGGGCUGGUCCUGUGCUCGAUCAAGUAAUGCUCGAUAGAUUUGCGAAAAUCGACGCAGUAACACAGAGACACCAUCUGAACAUCAAAAAGAACAAGGUUGACAAUUUUCCUGCAAGUAAGCCUCCAGCAUAUGAAAAACGAGAACUUGUAGCCUGUCUCUCUGAUUCAUUCCUUGCUGGGGACUUCACGGAUCCGGCGAGACCGAUAUCUAGUUCUCUUUUAGGUGGAUCAAUAAAUACCUGCAAGAAACGGAUUAUGAAGUUCAUGCGUGCCGAACUCGUGUAUCAAGGUGUUCCUAUAAAGCCUCAUUACCAAUUGGUUAUGGAGAAGGCCAUCGAUGGCACAGUGGGUAUGGAGUAUGGAGAUGUUGAAGAUUCCAAUCACUCCCAUUCCAAGGAAUAUCCAUUCACAUUACCCACUACGCUCUAUGCAGACCAACUUGCAGCUCAAUUUUGUUUACUGAUGGACCGAGAUGGAUAUCAGAAAACUGAUGAUCAAAUCCAACCUGUAACUAUCCGACUGAUGGCUCCUACCAGCAGUCCAAGUGCACUUCCGGGAAUGUCAUCCGAGAACCCUGCAGCUGAGGCAAAACAUCCAGAAGUAGCUCCAAGUCAGCCGUCUAAUAAUACUGCCCCAAUAAACAACAACAUUAUGGAUUCAAAUACUAUGCGGGCCCUGGCCGCUGGAAAUAAUCCACAGGCUCUUGCGAUGCCUCAGAAUUAUCUACCAGGGCCUACGAUGCCUGGGAGGCCACAGCAGCAGCUCAAUCAACCUCUGCUUCAGCAGCAGCAGCAACAGAUGCAGCAGCAAAAUCCGCAGACACAGCAGCAGCAGCAACAGCAGCAGCAACUCCAGCUUCCUCAAAUGCAGAGAUCACCUUCACUUUUAUCAACAAAUCCACUUGCUCACAUGCUUGGGCCCAACUCAAACCUCCAAAUGGGUGCUAACCCGAUGGUCAACAGCAAGCCCACCACCUUGCAGCUUCAGAUGCUGCAGCAGCAAGUGCAACAGCAGCAGCAGCAGCAGCACAUUACCAGGAAGAUGAUGGGGCUGGCCUCUACCAUGGCUACGGGUAACAUGGGCCAGAAUGUCGUUACGCUUGGUGGGCUUAAUAAUGUCAUGGGCAUGGGGAAUGUACGUGGCUUAUCCUCUCCGAUGGGCCCCAUGUCGGGCUUGGGCAACAUCGGCCCCAGUCAGAUGAACCUGGGAGCCACAUCCAACUUCAGUGCGGGGCUGCGCAUCCAGCACCAGCAAGCUGCCCUGAAUAAGAUGAGGAUGAUGCAACCAAGAGGGACAAUGUAUGGAACUCAAUCCGCUAUAGCUGGUAUAACAGGGAACAAUCAGUUGCUCCCUAGUUCGGCUGGUCUAUCUAUGUUGGGCCAAGCCCUGAACCGGCCCAACAUAAACCCUUUGAACCGGAACUCUGGUGCAAUGUCCCCCAUGGGUCCACCUAAGAUCACCGGAGCUAAUUUUUAUUUGACCCCACAGCAGCAAUUACAGCUGCAACAGCAGCAGCAGCAGCAGCAGCAGCUUCAGCAGCUGCAGCAGCAGCAGCAGCAGCCGCCGCAGCAACAGCAAAUAAGCUCUCCUAUGCAGCAGGCCCCAGUGGGCUCGCCGCAUGUUGUGGGAUCUCCACAGGUGGUGGGCUCUCCGCAGGCAACGAUGAUGCCGCAGCAGCAACAACAGCAGAUAAGCCCGCAACAACUGGGCCAGCAAAUGGGUCAGCAAGUGGGCCAACAUACCGCGAUGAGUCCCCAGCAGUUGAGCUCGGGUGCUUUGCAGCAGCAAAUUAAUAACGGAGGCAAUGCUGGAGCUACGCCGGCUAGCCCACAGUUGAGCUCCCAAACUCAUGGUUCGGUUGGUAGCAUCACGAGCUCUCCAAUGGAGCAGCUGCAGGGUGCAAAUAAGGUUGGUUCUGCAGCCAAUAUUUAGUGUAAGUGUAUCGUUGAUUGAUUAGUCUGCAUUGGAAAGUUAUUUGAUUUAGCAUCCGACGCUAUCCAUUGAGAAGGAGGAUCUUGGCAAGUUCUUUGCUUACACAGUAGCUGCACAUGAUCUGUAAGGCUUGGCUGUUCUAACAUAAUCAAUCUCAGGUCGCACCAGAAAGUAAUUGAUGUCUUAAUAAUGAUUAUAUAUUUAUGUUUGUGGUGCAUUUUGUAAAUUGGAUUGGUAAUUUUGUAGUGUUUAGUUUGUAUUUAUGGAUAAUGUAUUGUUUUAUGGGAAUAAAAUAUGUGUAGAAUAAUUUUGUGAGAUAA